AUGGGAAUGCAAUACUUGGUUUCCGGGCCCUGCUACCACAGUGAGGAUCCAGAGGUUUGGAAAACAGCAGUGGUUGCAGCCAGUGGUGCCUCUGCAGCAGCUGCCUGCCGCUCAGAACGCCUGCACGGUGAGCUUAGGAGAAGGCUCUCAGCCCUGUCCUGCAGCUGUGUCAUAGAGGGAGUGGCCUGGGCUGUCCUCCUCCUGGCAGGCUUGCCUGUCUUGGAAGCCAGUGACCUGCUUGAUAAAGACAGUCCCUUCUACUAUGACUGGGAAGGCCUGCAGCUGGGCGGGAUGAUCUCUGCAGUGCUCCUGUGUAUCCCUGAAAUCUUGCUCGUCCUGAGUGGCAAAUGCAAAUGCAAACGCAGUCAGAAGCAGGGCCCCUUACCUGAGAAAGCCGGUCCACUCCUCACUCUAGGCUCUGCCAGUACCUGCUGA